AUGGUUUUAAAGCGUACGCCCCAACUUCGAGUAACCGAGCUUGAAGUUGAGCUCGCUGUAUGGAAACAAGCCCAUGCUACCGCUCUUGAGAGCUCUGAACGGGAAGCGAAAACACUGGGUGGGCAGCUAGCCACAUUAAACAGGCAAAUUGUGUCGAUGGAGAAUUUCAUGACCCAUAACCUCCUUAUACUCUGUAUAAUCGAUGCGGACGAGUGUUUGUUCACAGAAUCUCUGUUGAAGCAGGGUCACAAUGGAGGGCGUCACGCUGCUCAGCAGAUAACCAAGUGUAUUGCUGAGUACUUGACGAACGAAGAUGUUCACAUAUUGGGGCAUCUUUCAUUCUGGAUUUCUAUAUACUAUAACAAAAGAGGGCUUGUAGAGUCUCUCAUAAGCCGCGGUAUCUGUAGCCUCGAACAAUUCGAGGCUUUUGUGGCAGGGUUUAGUCAGGCUUCCCCGAGGUUUGUUAUGGUCGACGUAGGGGUUGAAAAUGAGUCCACUAGCACGAAGAUAAAAGAGUAUUUGCAAACCUACAUACGUUUUCCACAGACUCAGCGGGUGUUUUUUGCAGGCGGAAAAGAAAACACGUACGCAUUAACUUUUAAUUCGUUGGAGAACGAUCAACUACUCGGCAAGCUCGUCAUGUUACAUGGACGAAGUGAAGACGCCAGUGACAUGCGAAAAUAUCGUUUUCCUAUCGUAAGAUCGGAAUGUUUAUCUACGAGUCAAAGACUCCUAUCAUCAAAAAAUCCUUCGCCAUUAGCGAUGAACGGGUUGGUUAGUUCAGUGACAGAUUAUGGUUUACCCACUCCUUGUUCUCCACCGAGAUCUACUUCUUCAUCGACAGAAACAAAGCCACUUGAUCCUUCUUUGCCGCUUCAUAAACAUUCCCCGCCACCUUGUAAUGAAUACUACCUGAUGAGUUGCUCCAAAGGCGGAGCUUGCAAAUAUUCGCACAGUUAUAUUUUAACACCGGAUCAGCUUGCUACUCUGGCAAUUAAUGCUAAGAAAGCACCUUGUAACUUCUUAAAAAAUGGGCUUCUAUGUCCUUACGGAGAUCGGUGUUGCUGGGGCCAUACAUGCCCUAAUGGGCCCAAAUGUUUUCAUCUGAGCAAAGGAAAGUGUUGGUUUAAAGGUGAAAGUAUGCAUUCUCUUGAGUUGCCUGCUCUAGGAUGAUAGUCCACUUCAGUAGUUGGUUGUUUUGUUUCAUUUCCAGGUUUUAUGCUUCGAGUUUCCUGGUUGUAUCCAGAUUCUUAACUGGAUCUUCACUUAAGUUCUCUGUUUGUAUAUGCUACUGUUACAUUGACAUGACAUUGUUUGAACUUCAUCCGCUACGCUCAUGUCACUAACACUAUGGAGGCCUCCCAUUUUCUAGUUUUUUUUAUCUAUAAAUUCAAAUGUACUGUUAAGUGUCAUGUCAAUGUACCCUCGAAAAGCAUGUGGACUUCAAAUACUGUGGGAACCUUCACCUAAUGCCAGCUCUA